GCAAUCCUUUUCAUCUAUGCUCUGCCCCUUCAUUUCAUCACCACGAACCUGACCUAAUCUCGUGUUUGGUUUUUAUUGCAAGAGCGCGCGUGUUCUACGCUCCUUCCUCACGUGUCACCUUCUUCUUCUCCUCAUCAUAUAUCAACGGCUACUUGCCUCUCAAAUUCCCCAUUCUGUAACGCCUAUUUAUUCUCUCCUUGAUUUUUUCCCUCCUCAUUUUCUCGGGAAAAAUUUCAGAGCAACAGAAACGGCUAAAGCUUUACAAAUGUUGCUCAUGAUUUACUUCUUGUUUUUCUCUUUGGGUCAAUGCAGUGUUGAUUUUAACGCUUUAUUGUCCUUCAAAGACUCUGUUUUCGACCCUUCGAACUCGCUUUCCUCAUGGGUUAACUCAUCUAAUCCUUGCAUUGAUUCUUGGUAUGGCGUCACAUGUAACCCUUCCACUCUCCGAGUUACACGACUCGUUCUUGAGAACCUAAACCUUUCUGGUUCAACUCAUUCACUGCAUCACCUUUCUUACCUAAGACUCCUCAGCCUUAAGAAUAACCGCUUUUUCUCUUCCUCUGCCGUUAACUUGUCUUCGUGGCGUUACUUAAGGCAUCUUUACCUCCGUCAAAACCUCUUCUCCGGAACAUUCCCAGUCGGAAUAUCCACUCUCCGGCGGCUCCACCGUCUUGACCUUUCGCACAACAAUUUCCAUGGCGAAAUCCCGAUGACCGAGUUGACUCAGUUGCCUUUCUUGUUGACUCUUCGCCUCGAGUCCAAUUCCUUCACUGGCCCCCUCAACUCGAUCGCCUCGUUUUCUUCCAUGUCCGAUUUCAACGUCUCGGAUAACAAACUCUCCGGCGAGAUUCCGGCGUGGAUGUCUCGUUUCCCGGUCUCUUCCUUCGAAGGGAACAGGGACCUCUGCGGCCAGCCUCUGCAGUCCGAUUGUUUCAAUCGGACGGCCCUUCCCGCGACCAUAAAAAAAAGGAUUCGUCAUCCCCAAAGCAAGAGGCUAAGCAAUGGGGUGGUGCUGAUGAUCGUCGCCGUCGACGUGGUGGCGGUUAUGGCUGCACUGGUGACCAUCACGUGGUGCUGCUACAAGUACAAGUGUUUCUCCGAUGGAACCCAAGCGGAAGCAAUGGAAACAAAAAGUGGGUCCACCACCAAAUUGCAACGGCGGAGCGGCUCCAGAGAGGUGGAGAUAGAGGCGGAGGAACUGGUGAUGUUCGAAGGUUGCAAGGGCUUUAGAAAAGUGGGUGAUUUGUUGAAGUCUUCGGCUGAGUUGUUGGGCAAAGGGAAUGUAGGGACCACUUACAAGGUGGUAACGGACGGCGGCGAUAUGGUGGUUGUGAAAAGGGUACGGCAGAGGAGACGGAGGAGGGAUGUUGAUGGGUGGCUGAGAAUAAUGGGUGGGCUGAGGCAUGCUAAUAUUGUGGGCCUCAUAGCAUAUUAUAAUUCUAAGGACGAGCUGCUUUUGGUUUACGAGUUUUUAUCAAAUGGAAGCUUACAUUCUCUCUUGCAUGGAAACAGAGGACCGGGAAGGACGCCUUUGAGUUGGAGUAGUAGGUUAAAGAUAGCUUCGGAGGCAGCACAAGGACUAGCAUUUAUCCACAAAAAGGACAAGAUCUUCCAUGGAUACCUUUCAUCAUCAAACAUCCUAGUCGACCAACAAGGCAAUGCCCGCAUUUCCGAGCCCGGUCUUCACCAAGUUCUACAUUCCCCAUCUUCCCCCAACGACGACUACAAAGCCCCGGAGCUGAUGCUCAACAACGGUGACGACACCGGCCUUAAAAAAUAUACUCAAAAGUGCGACGUGUAUAGUUUUGGAGUGAUAUUGUUGGAGAUAUUGUCGGGGAAAACAGCGAGCGGGGAGAGUGGGAUGAGCUUGGUGAGGUGGGUGCAAAGCGUGGGGAAAGAAGAGUGGGGGUGGGAAGUGUUUGAUUUUGAGAUGUUGGGGGAUAAGGUGAUGGAAGGAGAGAUGGCGGGUUUAAUGCAAGUGGCGUUGCUCUGUGUGGCCACGUUGCCUAAAGAUAGGCCCAAGAUGAGCGUGGUGCAUGGGAUGAUUGAAGAUAUUAGAGGUCAAGGUAGGAGAAAUGGUGGGAAUCGGAUGGUUUCUAUUUUGAAUGACUUUUCAUCUGAUUCUUCACCUUCUCAUUCGGAAAGAAAUCUUGGGCUCCGUUAGGUAAUGUAAGUAUUGAUAAGGGAUUCUUGUUUAGGGUGAAAGAUUGUGAUGAUAUUUGAUUUUCUCUAUGUAAAUUUACAAGCAUUUUAUUGAAUAUAAUGUUGGUGCUUUUUUUAA